GUCUGAGUUUUUAACAAUUAGGUUUCCGCCGUCUGAGAAUUCAAAAGAAAAAUAAAGUUUCAGUUUUUUAACAUUUAACCAAUCAAUCAGGAAGCCAAAGAAUCAUCAUCAUCAUCAUCUUCUUCUUCAUGAGUCUAAUUGCAGGCAGCUACGAGAGAUCAUUCUGGGGUUUCAAGCUCAAAUCUCUCAAACACAACCCGGAAAACCAAACCCUAACUCUCUCCCCACUCUUCUCCUACCAUCUCACCCUCCCCAUCACAACCGUCGCCUGCUCGGGCCCGCUCUUGGUGAAGUUUGAUUUGAGUGGGGAGAGGUUUUUCAUGGUUACUGAUGCGAAAGUUGGAGUUCAUCAGGCGGAGGAUGCAAAGUUGGUUUGUGAGAUGGAGAAUCAGAAUCAGAAGCGUAUUCUUUGUGCUGCGCCGGGUGAGAAUGGAGUUUUGUUCGUUGGUGGUGAGGAUCGUAGCAUUACAGCAUGGGACACAAACAGUGGGAAGGUUGUAUAUUCCAUCGAGGAUGCACACUCUGCUCGCAUUAAAGGUAUUGUUGUUUUGACUAGGAAGGACAAUGACGGUGCUGCUGAGGACCCAUAUUUGGUGUCUUCUGCAUCAUCAGAUGGAGUUAUACGUGUCUGGGAUGUUCGUAUGGCUGCGAAAGAGAAGGCAAGUCCUUUGGCCGAGGCUAAUACAAAAUCAAGGCUGACUUGUCUUGCUGGCUCAUCUCUUAAAUCUUUGAGAAGACCAGAGAUUGGAAAGAAGGAUUCAAAGAGGGAGCAGGAUGCCUCAGAUUAAUGAAGUUACUGGGGUGGGUUUCUCUCCCAAUCAAUUUUGACAGUUUCUGCCAAGAACUGGAAAAAAAAAAUGGAAUCUUCAUGAAUUUAUAUCAGUUGUACAACUUUCUGUUAAUUUUAAUCAAAUAUUUGAUUCGAUUCGUUUUAAGAUUCAAGGGUUGGUUAAAUAUUGAAUUCUAAGGAACUGUAAAAUCUUAGGAUGAAAAA